CGACUUAAGUGCUGCAACGAAGCUCUAAACCCUGAAACGAAGGGGACUGCACCAAUUUCGACUAAAUUCAUUCUAUCGUUUCGAUAAACAUCAACAUGGGUUCCUACACUGGAGAUGCUCCCGUUGUCAUUGUUGGAGCAGGUCUGGCUGGUCUAACGACAGCCCUGGCCUUGGGAAGCUAUGGUAUCCAGACAGUUCUUAUCGAGCGAAGACCCGAGUCUUCGCAGCAUCCCCGUGCAGAUGGAUUUACUGCGAGGACUGUCGAGAUCUUUCGGUCCUUCGGUAUUGGCCCCGAUAUUCUUCCCGAGACUGCGCCCUCGUUCAAGACUCAGCGCACACGCGUCAUGAGCCUGACUGGUCAGUGGUUUGAAGAACUCGCAUGGAACGAUCAGGAAAAAAAGGAAGAUACUGCAAUUCCCAAGCAGCCGGAAUGGUCACCAUAUCAGGGCUCAUCUACGCCGCAAGACCAACUCGAACCUAUCCUCAUGCAGCGUGUUAUUGACCUGGGAGUGGAUGUUCGCAUGGGUCAUGAAUUUGUUGGUCUCGCGCAAAACGACAAAGGUGUGACUGUUACAAUCAAGAACAGCAAGGAUGGCGCUGUCUAUUUUAUCAAAUCCCCGUAUCUGGUCGCUGCCGACGGCCAUCGCAGCGCUAUCCGCGAAACUCUGGCAAUUCCACGAAAAGGUCAUGGUCCAGUGAAUUCCGUACAGAGUGUUCUCUUCCGGGCCCCAGAAUUGUCACCUUAUCUUAAGAAAGGAUUCAAGCAGUUCACCAUUGAUCAACCAGACUUGAAGGCCUUCAUGAUCGCCUACCAGGAUGAAAGAUUGGUUCUUCAUCUGCCCAACGAUCGUGUUUGGAACGAUGAAUUGAUACGAAAGGCUAUUUUUCAGUCGAUUGGCCCAGAAAAGGUCACUCUUGAGGUGCUCGCCACUAGCAGAUGGGAUAUGAGCGCUUGGAUAGCCGAUGAAUUCUCUAGAGGAAGGGUUUUCCUUGUCGGGGAUGCAGCCCACUCGCUCCCUCCCAACCGUGGGGGCUACGGAGCAAACACUGGAAUUGCAGACGGACACAACCUCGCGUGGAAGCUCGCCCAAGUCCUACAAGGUGUAUCGGAUGACAGGCUUCUGUCGUCUUACCAGGCUGAGCGGCUCCCCGUGGCAUGGCUACGACACGACCAAAUCUUUGCUCGGUCGGACUAUAAAACGCUUCAGCGGGAAGCAUCUACUAGCGGGAGCUCUGCUCUUGGACAGAGCGCCCUUCCAGAUGCGGCUGUCGAGUUUGGUCAGAUCUACCGGUCGAGUGGAGUUAUCGGAGCGGACGAAUCGCUCCCGGAAGCUUUAACUCCAGACUUGUGGAAGGGCCAGCCUGGUACUCGCCUCCCCCAUUGCUGGAUCGAACUAGGCGAAGAGAGUCUUUCAACUCUUCAACUACAUAGCGGCGACUGGGUGGUACUAUCUGAAGACCCCGAGUGGGCAGGCAUUGUGAAACAAGUUCAAGCAAAUCUGGGAGUGCAAGCACAAUUUAUCCAUGUCCGACAGAGCGAGGAUGUAAGUAUCAGAUUCAGUGAUGCUUUUGGAGUUUCUCAGCGUGGAUGCUCUCUCGUUCGUCCAGACGGCCACAUUGCGUGGAAAUUGGCAGAGGUAGAUGGUGAUCCCAAAGCAGCGUUGGAAGAGGCGUGGAAGACUGUGUCAUGCUACAAAGUUUGAUUCCACUCGUCCAUAUGUGUAGCUAGGUAGUUCAGUGCAAUUUGAUUAUUAUUUUUCGAAAGUCCAUUCAA